AUGGUCCAGAAGCACAAGCUGGCCGAGAAGAAGGAGCAACUCAAGCAGAAAACGAAGCCGCCCGGCGGCUUUGACCCCACGCCGCUCCCGGACGCGCCGCCGGGAUACACACUCCGCUUCAUCUUCCACCGGGCCUGGAACCUGCCCGUCGGCGACUUCCACCUCAAGUCGGCCGACCCCUACCUACACGCCACCCUGACGGCCGCCGUGCCGAGGCGACACAAGGAAGACCCCCUUCUGACCCACCGCACCCGCACGCUGCGGCGGACCACGGAGCCCGCCUGGGAGGACGAGUGGGUGGUGGCCAACGUGCCCGCGUCCGGCUUCACGCUCAAGUGCCGCCUGUACGACGAGGACUGGCCGGACCACGACGACCGCUUCGGCAACGUCACCAUCCGCGUCCCCUAUGUGGACGAGCACUGGGAGGGGCUGGGUCCGGACGGCCGCGUGUUCGACGUGAAGAAGCGCGCCGGCAGCAAGCGGGCCUACCUGGUCAAGGGCGCCGCUUCGGUGCUCUGCAGGGCCGGGCCCAUCACCCCGCGGCUGCACGUCAGCAUCAAGGUGCUGGGCAAGUCGGCCCCGCCGCACGCGCAGAUGUACACGGUCGGCCCGACGACCUUCGUGAAGCACUACAGCCCCAUGAUCGGGAGGCUCACCGGCGUCAAGGUGAACAAGGACGAACAGGCGGACGCAGCAUCUCCUUCCUCCUCCUCGUCAUCCGCGCCGAAGAAGCGUGACCGCCGGACCAAGAAAUAUGACUUCCAAGCAAACGAGAUCCAAUUCUCGGGCCCGGUCCCGCCGAGGCUCUACCACCGCUACGUCGAGUUCCGCCCCAUGAUCGGGCGCAUGUUCUCGUCGCGCGGGCUCCGGGGCCGCAUCCUGCACAAGGUGCUGCACAAGCAGCACAACCGCAUCUACAACUUCGACGCGAGCACCGAGUACGGCACGUUCGCGCCGUGCAGCGAGGCGGCCACGCUGCAGUUCCUCCGCAUGGCCCACUUCGACGAAGGCGGCCGCAUCUUCACGUACGUCCUCACGCUCGACGGCAUGAUGCGCUUCACCGAGACGGGCAAGGAGUUCGGCAUCGACCUGCUGAGCAAGCACACGAUGCACUCGGACGUGGCCGUGUACGUCGCCUGCGCCGGCGAGUUCUUCAUCCGGCGGCUGGCCCGUCCGCCCAACUCAUCCACCAACAAACCGCACCACCCGCACACCCCCUCCACCCACACCCAUCCCCCUCCCGAACCACCGGACCCAACAGCCAACCACCCCCCAACGCACCCCCCACACCAACCGGCAGGCGGCCCGCCGUCCGCCCCCCCGCCGCCCAACCCGCGACUGUACCAGCUGAUAAUCGACAACGACAGCGGCACGUACCGCCCCGACGCGGCGGUGCUGCCGGACCUGCGCGGGUUCCUGGCGCGCAACCUGCCGGGGCUGGACGUGGCGGCGCUGCACUGCGCGGACCCGCGGCUGGCGGACCUGAAGCGCGCGCAGCGCGAGGCGAAGCGGCGGGCGGCUGGUGGGGGGGUGGCGGUGGCGCUUGGGAAGAAGAAGAAGAAACGCCGUGCGGCGAGCUCGGCGGAGAGUCGGCUUGGGAGGAUGGAGGCGGAGGCGGAGGAGGAGGGGGCGCGGGGCGGGACUGGGGCUGCCGGUGCGGGAGCGGCAGCGGCAGCUGGAGGGGGUGCGGCGGUCAGGAGUAAGAGGGAGAGGGUGUUUGAUGUGGUCAGCGAGCCGGGCAGGUGGAGGGAGGCGCUGGGGUUGAGGGCAUCGCGGCAGGGGCAGGCGGCGGGGAGGGCGUAG